AUUUUUCCGCCCUUCAUAUCUUGCCGUCCUUUGCUCGACCCCUUCAGACAUUCACGGCGCAUCCCUCCAUGAGUAUUCAAACACGGAGAAAUGGCAGGGGAAAGGCCUCCUCCAGCGAACUUCACGAUAACCCCUUCAUUGUUCAGUACAAACCCCCCUCUGGGGAGACAGAAGAGGAGCGCAUACGUCGCAUCAGGAAGUUUCAGGAUGCGCAGAGAGCGUCGAAAGAGAUCGACGAAGGUUUGCAGGAGGCUAAGAAACUUAUGGAACGAAGACGUAAAGCAUUAAAAUUACUUCUUCUCGGCCAGGCGGAAGCCGGAAAGAGUACAGUAUUGAAAAACUUUCAAAUGGCAUUCACGCCCGCUCAAUUUCAGCGAGAGCGUGUAGUAUGGAGGACGAUCAUUCAAUUGAACCUUAUUCAUGCCGUCAAGAUGAUCAUAGACGUCCUCUCUAACCCCGAAAGUCCAAGUUCUCCAUCUGACUCUGAUUCUACCCUUCCGCCGUCUCCCUGUCUAUCCAACCAUCGGGUAAAUAGGAAAUACCGUCGACUCCGUUUAAGCCUAUCCCCACUUUUAUCAGUCGAGACGAAUGUUAACAAGAUAAUAUCGAACGCACGGGUAGAAUCGCAAGACCUUUGCGUUCGAGCCGGGGGUUCCUGGAAGUCAAAGCUGGGUUUUCGAGACAGUGGUGGUGGCCGUCGUUCAUCGGACACGGAUUACUCAAGUUCAGUGGAGGACGGGGCGAUUUCUGACCUAACCCGGAUGCUUGAAGCGUCCAGUGACGAUCUCACAACGUUAUGGGCAGACCCCGAAGUCAGAGGUAUGUUGGCCUCGACUGGUAUCCUCAUUAACAACCAUCCGGGUUUCUUCUUCCUUCACGACAUUGCUCGCGUAACAUCAGCGACUUACGAGCCCACCGAUUCGGAUAUCUUACGUGCGAGAGUGAGGACUAUUGGGGUCGAAGAACAUCAUAUAAUAUGUGAAGGCGAAGGAAACAAAGGUUCUGAAUUCUUCAUCGCCGACGUGGGCGGCGCUCGGAAUUCGCGUUCAUCCUGGAUACCCUACUUUGAUGACGCUCAAGCUAUUCUCUUUUUGGCGCCACUGUCCUUUGACCAGAUGUUGGAAGAAGACAGGCGAGUGAAUAGACUGGAGGACACCAUGAUCAUUUGGCGUGGCAUCUGCUCGAGCGCGCUACUCGCACACUGUAUCUUGAUAAUAUUCUUCAACAAGAAGGAUAUCCUUCAGCACACUCUGGAAUCCGGUGUUCCCGUCAGUAAAUAUGUUCCUAGCUACGACGGUCCCAACGAAGUCCACGCAGUCACGAAAUACUUCAAGGCCCGGUUCAAAUCCUCCCUGAAAAAGCUUUCACCGAAACCACGCCCAUUCAUUUCAUAUGAAACGUCCGCUGUCGUACGUUCUUGACCCGGCGGGCCGUUACCGCGGUAGCAAUCGCCUUCCUCGAACAAGCUCACUGACCACGAUCUCCAGGAUACCCGGGCGAUGAAGGCUAUUAUAAUAGUCGUGCAUGAAGGAAUUGUUCGCAACAAUUUGGCCGAGAGUGACAUGCUUUGACAUCUCAUGUAUUACCCUAAAAUACUUGAAACUGUAUCAAAGCUGUAUUCAUAUGAUGUAGGCUUGAACGAUUGACGAUCUUCUCUUUCUA